UAGUUUUUUGUUUUUUCCAGUUUCUCUUCAGCAACGGGUAGCAGAAUUGGAAAAAAUUAAUGCAGAAUUUUUACGUGCACAGCAGCAGCUUGAGCAAGAAUUUAAUCAAAAGAGAGCAAAAUUUAAGGAGCUAUAUUUGGCUAAAGAGGAGGAUCUGAAGAGGCAAAAUGCAGUAUUACAAGCUGCGCAGGAUGAUUUGGGACACCUUCGGACACAGCUGUGGGAAGCUCAAGCAGAGAUGGAGAAUAUUAAGGCAAUUGCGACAGUCUCUGAGAAUACCAAGCAAGAAGCUAUAGAUGAAGUGAAAAGGCAGUGGAGGGAAGAAGUUGCUUCCCUUCAGGCAGUUAUGAAAGAAACAGUUCGUGACUAUGAGCACCAGUUUCACCUUAGGCUGGAACAGGAGCGAGCACAAUGGUCACAAUAUCGAGAAUCUGCAGAAAGGGAAAUAGCUGAUUUAAGAAGACGACUGUCUGAAGGUCAAGAGGAGGAAAAUUUAGAAAACGAAAUGAAAAAGGCCCAAGAAGAUGCUGAAAAACUUCGGUCUGUUGUGAUGCCAAUGGAGAAGGAAAUUGCAGCUUUGAAAGAUAAACUGACAGAGGCUGAAGACAAGAUUAAAGAGCUGGAGGCCUCAAAGGUUAAAGAACUGAAUCAUUAUUUGGAAGCUGAGAAAUCUUGUAGGACUGAUCUAGAGAUGUACGUAGCUGUUUUGAAUACUCAGAAAUCUGUUCUACAGGAAGAUGCUGAGAAACUCCGGAAAGAAUUGCAUGAAGUUUGCCAUCUCUUGGAGCAAGAGCGACAACAACAUAACCAGUUAAAACAUACAUGGCAGAAGGCCAAUGACCAGUUUCUGGAAUCUCAGCGUUUACUGAUGAGAGACAUGCAGCGAAUGGAGAUUGUGUUAACUUCAGAACAGCUCCGACAAGUAGAAGAACUAAAGAAGAAAGAUCAGGAGGACGAUGAACAACAAAGAAUUAAUAAGAGAAAGGAUCACAAAAAAACAGAUAUUGAGGAAGAAGUAAAAAUACCAGUAGUAUGUGCUUUACCUCAAGAAGAAUCUUCUGCCCAGUUAUCAAAUGAAGAGGAGCACUUAGACAGCACCCAUGGUUCAGUUCAUUCCUUAGAUGCAGACUUGCUGUUACCAUCUGGAGAUCCAUUUAGUAAAUCGGACAAUGACAUGUUUAAAGAUGGACUCAGGAGAGCACAGUCUACAGAUAGCUUGGGAACCUCGGGCUCAUUGCAAUCCAAAGCUUUAGGCUAUAAUUACAAAGCAAAAUCUGCUGGAAACCUGGAUGAGUCGGAUUUUGGACCACUGGUAGGAGCAGAUUCAGUAUCUGAGAACUUUGAUACUGCAUCCCUUGGGUCACUGCAGAUGCCAAGUGGGUUUAUGUUAACCAAAGAUCAGGAAAGAGCAAUCAAGGCUAUGACACCAGAACAGGAAGAGACUGCAUCCCUUCUCUCCAGUGUUACCCAGGGAAUGGAGAGUGCUUACGUGUCCCCCAGUGGUUACCGCUUAGUCAGUGAGACUGAGUGGAAUCUCCUGCAGAAAGAGGUACAUAAUGCUGGAAAUAAACUUGGUAGACGUUGUGAUAUGUGUUCCAAUUAUGAAAAACAGUUACAAGGAAUUCAAAUUCAGGAGGCUGAAACAAGAGACCAGGUGAAAAAACUGCAGGUGAUGCUAAGGCAAGCUAAUGACCAGCUGGAGAAGACAAUGAAAGAUAAACAGGAGCUGGAAGACUUCAUUAAGCAGAGCACUGAGGAUUCAAGCCAUCAGAUCUCUGCACUUGUCCUAAGAGCCCAAGCAUCAGAAAUCUUACUUGAAGAGUUGCAGCAGGGCUUUUCCCAGGCAAAGAGGGAUGUUCAAGAACAGAUGGCAGUGCUGAUGCAGUCACGGGAACAAGUUUCAGAAGAGCUGCUGAGGUUACAGAAAGACAAUGACAGCCUCCAGGGAAAGCAUAGCUUACAUGUGUCCUUGCAGCAAGCAGAAGACUUCAUCCUCCCAGACACGAUAGAGGUGCUCCGGGAAUUGGUAUUAAAAUACCGUGAGAACAUCAUUCAUGUGCGGACAGCAGCAGACCACAUGGAAGAAAAACUGAAGGCUGAGAUACUUUUCCUAAAAGAGCAGAUUCAAGCAGAACAGUGUUUAAAAGAAAACCUUGAAGAAACUCUGCAGCUAGAAAUAGAAAACUGCAAGGAGGAAAUAGCUUCCAUUUCUAGUCUGAAGGCUGAAUUAGAAAGAAUAAAAGUAGAAAAAGAACAGUUGGAUUCUACAUUUAGAGAGAAGUCUCAACAGCUUGAGAAUCUUCAGGAGAUAAAGAUUAAUUUGGAAGACCAGUUAAAGAAAGAGACUGCUGCUAAGGCUGCUGUUGAGCAACUAAUGUUUGAAGAGAAGAACAAAGCUCAGAGAUUACAGACAGAAUUAGAUGUCAGUGAACAAGUCCAGAGAGAUUUUGUAAAGCUUUCUCAGACCCUUCAGGUGCAGUUAGAGCGGAUCCGGCAAGCAGACUCCUUGGAGAGAAUCCGGGCAAUUCUGAAUGAUACCAAACUGACAGACAUUAACCAGCUCCCUGAGACAUGACACCCUGACAGCAGGAUUCUAGUCUGCACUUUGGGGUUUUUAACUCAUCUUUAGAUCAACAUUAAUUAUUAUUUAACUCUUAACUGAAGAAGCCGAAGUCACAACAAAAGGACGAUUGGAGAAAUGCUUAUUUCUGGUGAGAGAAGACUGUGCAGCACAGGGACAGCCAGCAGCCAGGGUCAUUUGCAGCCAACAGACCUUUCCAAUGAACACUAAUCAGACUCCGGGCUUGAUUCCAACAGGUGUGGGAUCAGAUUUGGUGAUGGAAAAGGGCUGUAUCUUUGCCUGAUUUCUCCAACAUAAAAUUUUCAAACACAUUUUCUUACCCUAAAGCAACUUCCCAGUAGUGUUUGGAAUUACAUUUUCUGUUCAUAGUGAGAGAAUUUUUUUUUCUGUUGUCUAGAGAGCUCAUCAGUAACAGUAUUCAGAUAGCAGACAGAGGUGUAGUAUGCUGUAUGAAUAUUUUAUAUUAAAAUAUGAAGUUUGAGAGCAGGCCAUUGGCUACUGACUGUAUUUCCCUCGUUCAGUACAUUUUCUUCUUUUUACCAUUUUAUCUUAUAUUGGAGGAUUUUUAAAUGCUACUGAAACUUGCCUAAGAACUUUAAGACUGUGGCAGACCAAACUAGUUCAAGUACAGAAUUAGGAUUUGAAAACUUGGCUGAGGUUAUAUAUGGAUAAUUAUAUAUAUGUAUGUAUAUAUGUAUGUAUAUAUACAUAUAUAUGUAUGUAUUGGAAGUUGAAUUUAAAGGAAAAGCACAAGAAACUAUUUGGAAGCACUUUUUCUGCAUACCUGGAAGAUCUUCGUGGGCCCCACAGGUGCCAGGGUUGAACUGGCACCAGACUUUUGAUGUUUUGGCCUAGUUAUUGGAUCAGUGAAAAAAUAAUAAACAAACUAUACCUGACAUCAUCUAUCAUAUAUUUAUAAAUCUACUUAUUUUCAACUUGAAUCAGUGGGCUUAAAUACUAUUUGUUUUAAAAGUGUCAAAUAUAGAAAAGUUAUGAGGUUUGGCAGAUACUUACUUGAUAUUUUCUUUUACAAUUUUGAUCUGGAGUCUAAGUGACAAUGCUCAGUGAAAUUGGGGAGAAAUCCAUUUAGUGUAUCAAUCAGUUUGGAAAUCUACUCUGUCAUUUUCCAAGAGUGUGAGUUUCUUGUGUGAAGAAAACCUUGGUGGAACAAGUUGUUUUUGCCAUAGCUUCAUGAAGUGUUGCAGAAACAGUAAAUUUGUGUCAUGCUCACUGUUCACCUGCUGCAGUACUGCCCCAAGAGCAGCUAGUGGAAGGCUCUGUUUAAUUCACCAUGUACAACAUUCAAAAGGAAAAAUGUUUAAGUACUUUUUUUAAUUGAUGUUGAAUAGCAGAAGGAUACCUGAAGGAACCUUAUAGGAAUUAGUGAACUUUGUUAUAAAUGAAGUCAGUAUGGAUUUGUCCUAAAGAUCUUUCUUCCACAGGAUAAAUGAUAAGGACUACAUUACAUCAUCCCAUGGAUUAUUUUUGUAGUCUUGCAUUCAUGAUUAUGAAUUUAAAAGUAAAUACUAAUUAUGAAAGUAGUGCUAAAGGCUUGUCAUGCAUGAAGCAUUAUAUCUGAUUGAAGUCCUUUUGUAUAAAGUCUACCUGGUUUAAAGGAAACAUGUCCUCUUUGAGUUACAGGGAAUUUUGUUAGUUACAGAAUAUGAUUUACAGUUAAGACUAGUUCCUUGCAUAGGUUCCAAGCUUAUUUAGCACUAUAAAUCAUGAGGAGUAAUUCGUAAUCUUUCUGAACCAUUGUUUCCAGUUAACUGCUGAGACUGAGCACCUUUUUUUUCUCCAGAAGAUGGGUAUUGGGGCAAUAAAAUCAUGAUUAGGGAACUCUUCAUGGUCUGUACUAUGGCAGAUGCAACUGUUGGAAUCCACUAAAUUGAGAAAAAUAUCCUAGAAAAACCCAAACUGAGACUGCAUUUUAACAGUCUGGUAUGAAACAAACUGCUGUGAUACUCUCCAGGUAGGACAAUUCUUUAAGUGGGAUUUUCUGGAUAAAUGAAAUCUGAUUUAAGAAGGUGAAAUUUAUCCCUUCUAAGGAAAAGAUCAGUUGGGUUUCACAAGUGUUCCUGUGCUUGUAUUCAGUCUGUGUACACCUGUUCUCUCGCAUGUCUAACCCAAUUUACCUCUUACCUGUAAUGUACCUUACAAUGUGGUUUUUAAUUGGCAGUCACUUGGCCAUUUCUAGGCAGGUAUGGUUAUUACCUUUCAGAACUCAUAUAUUGGCAGGUACAAAAAGAUGUAAAGCUGAGACAAAACCAUAUACUGCCUACCAAGCUAUUUCUUUCUUUAAGGUGCUAACACUUGCACCUUGUACCUACUCAGUCGAGACACAGCACAGCCAAACUCAGCUCUGAAAGGUAAUAAUGCCUGUGAGAAGUGAGCAGAGGUGGCCUUGGCAAUUGUGGAUCUUUAGCUCUGUUCUGAGCAGAUUGCAGGUGUAACUGUUGCUAACUGUACUGAAGGUGUUUCCUUAAGAAGAAGUGUUCGAAUUAAAAAAAGCUGCUGCCCAGUA